AACCGGCCAAGUCGGGAAUACACCCAUUCAAUUGCAACGUAUCAAAUGGCUUACCCUUCUCCGCCUCCGGUUUCCACCGCUACAACCACCGCCGAUGAUCGGCGGGCAACUGCCACGAUCUCCGACAUCCAUUCUGAUGUUCUGGAGACGCACAUCCUAACACGUCUCAACGGCCGCACCCUCGCCUCCGCCGCCUGCACCUCCACGCAACUUCACACGCUCGCCUCCCAAGAGAGCCUGUGGACCAACAUCUGCCACUCCACUUGGCCCUCCACCGCCUUGCCGCGCGUUCGCGACAUCAUCUCCACCUUCCCUAACGGCUCUCGUUCUUUCUUCUCUGAUUCAUUUCCUCCCGCAGACACUGCAAUUUCCGGAAAUCAAUCGUCGAAUCAUGACAAUUCGUCGGAAUUGAUCUCAGCGGUUGAUAUUUAUUACAAAAAUAAGCUCAUAUUUAGCAAAGUUGUCGAAACAGAGACCGUGAGCGGCUGGUUCAUAUGCUCGCCGUUUCGAAUUGACUUGCUGGACCCGAAGGACACGGUGGCGACACAGAUGCCGCAUCCAAACACGGAUGACACUUGUCAGUAUCUGGAGGACGACCUCACACUCAGCUGGAUCAUAAUCGACCCGAUCGAACGGCGGGCGAUGGACCUCUCAAGCCACAGACCGGUCUCCGUACAGAGGCACUGGCUGAGCGGCGAGGUUCAGGUUUGGUUCACGACGGUGCUCACCGGCGAAAAAGGCUCGGCGUCGGAGUUCGUGCAAUGCGGUAUAGUGGUGACCUGCGGCAGAUCAACGGAAGGGGAGAUGCGCGUGAUAGAAGUCAGUUUACAGGUGGAGGACAUGGACGGAAUGCACCUAAAUGGGAGGGACAGUUUGGUAAUUUUGGAAAGGACGUUGGAGGGUAAAAGAGGAAAAACGGGGAGGAGGGAGGCGGAGGGGAAGAGGAAGUUUCUGGAAUUUCAGGAGAGGAAAACGGAGAGAAAGGAGAGAAGAUUGAGGACGGAAGGGGCAUUAGAUAUGAUGUGCGUGGCGUUUGGGAUAUUGGGAUUCACUUCUUUGGGCUUAUAUAUUUUCUGCAUAUAAUUUUCUUUUUAAAAGGGGAUAAAUAGGUUAAUAGAUUAUUUUUUUGAUACAUCGGACGAUAAAUAUAAAAAAUGAUACAACCUGGCCUUUAGGUUAAGUGGCUCUAGCCACGGUUGUAAGGUUCAUAUCUCCCUUCUCCAGGGUAACAGUUCGAACCGAUCUUAUAACAAAAUGUUCAAAAAUAU